CAUGCCUUUAACACGGGCAGCGGUACAUUGUUCGGUCGAAUGACAAACAAGUCGCCACCUCGUCCGCGCGUAGUCCAGAGACAGGAGUAAGUAAGAGCAUUUAUUCCCCCCUCAGAAGUCGUGAAUUUAACAAUACAUGACCCGGGUAUCUGUUGACUUUUCAAACAUGGUGGAAAUUGACGAUGUUGUGUGUCGGAAUCGGAGUUGAGAUUUUUAUUGAAGUCGGGGACACAAAAAACGAAUCUGGAUCCGCUCGGAGUAGGAGACAAUUUGGUUUGGAGUCAGGGCAAAUGUUCGGCCCGACUCGAGCUGCGCUAGCCAACAAAUCAUUCAACAACCUGAUCUAACGUGAGUUGUCUGAGAUAACAAACUGUGCUUAUAUUCUCAAUUAUAUGGUUUUUUUUUAGAAAAGCAACGCAUAGCCUAUUUUUCAGUAAGGAUGGAGAUGUUUUGUUAUAGUAUUCAUGUAUUUUUUUAACUUUUUUAAAUUACACCGUGUAUUAGAAUCAAAUUUAAAUUAUUCCAAACAAACAAAAAAAAAGGUUUUAUCAGAAAAUUUUGAGAUAAUCUAAAAUUGUAAUAAUUUGAAUUAAACAUUUUCGCCAUAAUUAAACGGUAAAACAUUUUUUUUUAAACAACAAAACAAUAAAAUUAAUUUGUCAUUAAUAAAAAUAUCUUAAAUUUCACAGUAAAUAAUUAGGAUUUUAAUUUUUACUUUAAACAAGUUUUUUUUUCUCUUUUUUUUAUAUUUAUUUUUUUUUAUAUGGCAUCUUUCUUGGAGUUAACCUUUAAAUUUCCUGCUGACAUGUUCCUGGUAGCGCAUAUUUUCGAUUGAUAUAGUUGUGUUUUAUCCUGUAAUCAUAAGAAACUUUUACCCCACCCCACUCACAAAAUGCCCCCCUUUCCCCAAAUUGUUAUUCCCCCCCCCCUUUUUUUUUUUUCAUUGCCACAUUUAAAAUAUUUCUUUUAAUCUUUCAAUUAUCUAUCAAUUACAUUUUACUUGCUGGACCAAAAUGCUUUCGAAAAGUAAGUUGAUCAUUACGGCUCAAUGCAAAAUACCAUCAUGUUACCUUCUCUUAGAAACUGUACGGCCAGUGGUUCCCUAGCUGACUCUAAUCAUUCAGCACGUAAAGGGCCGUCAGUUUGAGCAUCACUGACAUCAUGGCCUGUAAAGGACGGGAGGUUAUACGUCACGUCUGGGCGUGGCGUACAGUGGUGACCCUGUUUGUGACGCCAAUUGUUCUCCUUCCUUUGAUCGUGGCCUUCAACGCACCUGUAAGUUACUUCCCCCUGCCCGACCAGUCAAUGAAGAGGUCCUCUUUGUUUGGAUAAGUGCUAUGAACACACAAUGUUUUCUUUAUGAACGAAAAGGGGAGGGAGAAACAGAGGAUGAGACGGAGGAAGAGACGGAGGAAGAGACGGAGUGAGAGACGGAGGAAGAGAUGGAGGAAGAGAGAGAUCGGGGGAGAGAGAGAGACGUAGGGAGAGAGAGGUGGAGGGAGAGAGAGACGGAGAAAGAGAGAGCUGGAGGGAGAAAGGAAGGGUGGGAGGUUGGAGAAGGGAGGAAGAAAGGAAGGAAGGGAUGGGGGAUAAGGGCAGGAAGAAAUGAAAAAGAGUGAAAGAGAGAAAGACAGGGGGACGGGGGUAGAGAGAAAGAAAUGUUGAAUGAAUGAAAGAAAGUGAUUGGGGGUGUUGAGGGGUGGGGGAGAAGAAAAGAAUGUGACCUUAUUAACCCUGGGUUCUCAAGUAGACUUAAUCAGCCUUGAAAUGUUUUAUACACAUUUUUUUAUUUUAAAAAAACAUCACAGUAACGUUACUAUUUAAUUUGAGGACCACUGCUUCGUGGUUAUUGUGACUCCAUAGUUCUCAAGUUGAAAUGAAACGUGAUAUACUUGUUGUUUUCUAAUGAAUUCAACAAGGAAGCUAUACAGUUGGUAAAUAGGUUGUUGUGUUUGUUUGUCAAUGCAGGAGACCAAGUGCGCCUACGCUGUCAUCUUGAUGGCUGUUUACUGGAUUACCGAGUCGCUCCCCCUUGGGAUUACCGCUCUUUUGCCCGUCUUCUUGUUCCCCCUGUUUGAGAUCGUCAGCUCCAAUGAGAUUGCUUCGCAGUACUUCAAUGUAAGGCGCAGAAAGUUGUAA